CUUUGACAGGCCAAAAUAAAUAGCUGCAUUCAAAUUCUCGGUGAAUUGUUAAUUGUGUGCAAAAAUAAAAGCUAACCAAUGAGCAAAUCUUGUGUUAAACAUAAACCAAACAAUGCGCUUGCUCCCUAAACCAACGCCAAUCAGAACAAUAAAAUGUCACUACUCAACAACAACAACAACAACAACGCUCUAAAGAGCAAGAAUCUAGACAAAAAACAAGACAAAGAACAACCACAUUAUGUGAAGCUGGCAGCAAUGGCUCCAGUGCUGCCCAUCAUCAACGAAAUGGUGCUGGAACCGGAAGACCCUGAUGACUAUCAGCAGAACUUCGCCGCUGGGCUCGAACCGGAGCUGGACUUGCUGAACAGCACUUCGCAUUUGGCAAACAGCGCCAGCAGCGGCUCCCUGUCCUCGUUGAUGUCCAACUGCAGCUCCAGCAGCUCCAUGUGGACGACAACGUCGACGUCGGCGGAGUCGGUCGAGACAAUCAGCAAGCAGCCGUCCAAUGCGAGCAAACACUUUGAGAACACAUACAAGCUGCUCGGCAAGCAGCUGGAGAGCAAUUGCCAGCGCACCGCGGACAAGCUGCAGCAGCUGGACAAACAGCUCGACAGCCUGGACAGUCUGAGCGGCUCCUGUGCCUCGAUGUCCGCCAUUGUCAAUGGCACAGAGCCGGCGCCCACGCGCCUCGAGCUUGAACUGGAGGCCGUCGAGCGUAUGCGCGUCAUUGUCCAGCAAAUGAAGAGCACGCCCAAGGAGGCGACAGCGAACGCCUCCGCUCCGCUGCUGGCGCUGCUGCACGACUUUGCGGCCAAGGGCCAGCCUCAGUCCAAGGACGUCAGCAGCACACCCUGCACCCCACUUCCCAGUCCCAUAACGGGCGCCCUGCCUGCGGAUGGGCCCAACUUUGAGCUGCCCGCCGAGCUGCUGCAAACGGCCAGCUCCUGGGAGCUCAUGUACUACGCCUCCAAGAAUGUCGAUGGCCAGAAUUGUCUCAAAGUUGUGCGCAGUCUGUUGACUAACAAAGUUCUAUGUGGUAACCGUGUUAGCCAGAUGACUCGUGCCUACGAUGACAUUGAAGCCGUGACGCGUCUGUUAGAAGAGAAGGAGAAGGAUUUGGAGCUGACGGUGCAAAUUGGAAAGGAGCUGCUCACGCAAAAUAAUGCAUUAGAAGCGCGUGUUAGUGAUCUGGAGACAGAUCUAAAGUCGUCCAACGAUGACCGCGCCCAGCUGCUCCACGAGCUGCACAAGAAGAAUGAACUAAUUUCGGUGCUAACCAACGACGCGGACGAUGGAACUGAUGCGGACACGCCUACCAUGUCCAAAUCAAUAACCCUGGACCUGCUGCAGAAGAAGGUGAACUCAUUGCUGGAUGAGAAUAAGUCACUUAAAAGCGAGGCCACGCAGCUGGCCCACCAGACGGAUGAGGUGGAGGAGCACGAGCGGCGGCUGAUGGCGGAUAUAAGUGCCCAGCUGAACGAUGCCAAUUCGCAGUAUGACAAUAUCAGUUUGGAGCUGGAGCGACAGCGCGAGGAGAACCGAUUGCAGCACGAACAGAUUGUCAGCCUGACGGCUCGCUUGGCGGAGGCCGAGAUGCGUCUGCAUCAGUUGACGCAGGACAACGACGAGCAUCUGUCGCUGCUGCAUGUUACCAAGGAGAAUCAAAAUGCGCUCGCCCUCGAGCUGGUGGAGUUCAAGCAGCGCUAUGAAGAGGUGCUCGCCCUGCUGCACUCUGCCCAGGAUCAGCUGAAGCAGCAACGCAAGCGUUCGCAGCCGCAGGCCCGCAGCUCGUUCUUGGGCGGCCUGGGCACGAACGGUGCAGCUGCUGCUGUCGCCGUCGAGUCGCUGCAGUCGGAACUGAUGGAGUCUUCGCUGUACUCGGAGAACAGCCUGGACUCCGGCAUUUCGGGUGAUAGCCAGCGCUGUGCGGACCGCAUUAGUCGCAUGAUGUCGCAGCUGCCGGCUGGCAUGGCGGCCAGUCUUGGCUCCAGCAGCAUAUACGGGCCGCCGCCAUACCAGCGGGUCUUCGACACGGUGCGUUGCGCCACCAAGAGCGGCAACUACAUGGACAGUGGCAAUGUGUCCAUGACUCAGCUGGGCGCCAUGUCCAUGAGCAGUGCCUCCGGGCCGCGCAUGGCCUCAACGGCCUACCCGGCGGGCUCCUAUUAUCGCGGUGCCAGCGGCGGCAGCAGCAACUCGCUGGGCCUGAAGACGCUCUCAAGUGAAAGCCUUAACUCGCAGUCGGACGACGGAUAUCCGGCGCAGCCAUCAGGUGUGCCUGGCGCCCCCGGUGCCAAGGAGCUGGAGGCGGCUCUCAAGCGUCUCACGCCCGCCGAGGUGUUGGCUCGUCGUGCUAUGCUCUCGUAUGCGCCUGUCGGGACCUACAAUUACGACGAGCCCACGCACGGACGAAGCGGCGUUGCGGCGGGCGGACAAGCUGCUGGCCUAACGUUGCCCAUGGGUGUGCGCACGCCGGACAGCAUCAUGUCCACGGGAUCGGGCUCGUCUGGCCUAACGACGCACCAGUGGCGUCUUCCAGAGAAACUGCAGAUUGUGAAACCCAUGGAGGGCUCGCAGACGUUGCAUCACUGGUCGCGUCUGGCCACGCCCACGCUCAGCGGUCUGCUGGAGGAGCGUCCGGGCGUGACCAUACGCGGCGGGCGUGGCCUCGACGAUCUGGGCAUGCAGGUGUACACGCUGUCCGACGUGGAGGAGGACGUCAGCGAUGAGCUGGGCCUGGGCAAGCAGUUCGAGGCGCCUGGCUGCACCUACACCUACACGAACAGCAUGGUCAUGCAUCCGGAUGAUGGUUUCGUCAACGACUUGUCCUUCCUCUCCCAGUCGCAGAUGUCCUCUCGCAUGGCCUCCACAUCGACAUCCAGACAGCCAAGUUGUCCGGCCACGCCUCGCGCCGGAAUGUCGCGCAAGAAUUCCUGCUCCACGUUUUCGGUCAACUUGGGCCUGGCUGGCAUGUUGAAUGAACGCGGCAUCAAGGCGGUCACGCCCAGCGCACUUAAUACGCCCGCCGGGCCUAACUUCUCGCCGACAGUGACACCCUGCAACAGUCCGGAGGGAUCGCCGCCGCGUGCCCAGUCGCCGGAGCCGUUGUUUGGACUCUUGUCCUCGGGCGCCGAUUUGAUCAAACGCAAAUUGGUGGGUCCCAGUGAUCUGCAGCGACAGCGCAGUCUGAGCAAGCAGCAGCACCAGCAGAAGGUGAUGCUGUCGCACCUGGAGCGACGGGCUCUGCGCUCGCUCAAUCUGAUCGAGAAGGUGGAGAGCAUCGGCCUGGAGAACAUUAUCAGCGCACAACGCGGCCUUGGCACGGGCAUCGCCAAUCGCAGCAGUUCCCCGCUUUCGCAAAUCAGCGGCAGCAGCGGCGGCGGCGACAGCCUCCAGAGUUUGCACACCAGCAGCAACAGCAUCGUGGACGACAUACACUUUGAUCGCGCACAAAUCAAGGGCGUGCUGCAUCGCGGCCUGAAAUCGCCGACGCCAGCAGCUACAUCGACGGCGGCCACAAGCAUGGCCGCCAGCAGUGCCAGCACCAGCAGCGCCUACAACAGCGAGGACAGCGAUGACCAGGGUAUUGUGCUGCAGCGGAAGCCUAAUCUAAGCUCGGCGGCCGCGGCGCCAACUGCAAAAAUGGCAAAUCCCGCAGCAGCGGCAGGGGAUGCCUCGGCGUCGGCCAGCGAAACACGCCUCAAGCAGAUGCAGCGCCAAAAGUCGCGACGAAACCUUAAGAACGGCAUGGCCGUGCAGCGACCCGAUCUGGGCACCAUUGCGGGUAGCGGGUCCUCCUCCGGAGGCGGUGUCAGGCGUGUAAGAUCAGAUCUUGGCAAGGUCUCCGACAGCAGCAGCAGCGGAGCAGGUGCACCCACAACUGACGCCAAGAGCAGCGACAGUGAGUCGAAGACGACGGCUUCACAGAGCAUCACGCAGGCCUUUGUGGGUUCGGUUAGUUCCUUGUUGUUUGGCCGCAAGGGAGGCUGGCUGUAAACACACACACAGAUACACACACAAACACACACACAGAUACACAUUUACACAUACUACAUAUACGUAUGCAAGAAAGCUCUUUAAAGAUAAA